AUGAAAUCUAUUAUUCUGAUUGCCCUCAUUGCUGUGGCUUUCACAGCUAGAGUCUAAGAGAGAAACAUGGCCAAAGUGUAAGCUGAUUUGGCUAAGAGCAAUUACGGAAAGGCUUUGCUCCAUUUGGUUGAGUUACACUCAAUGGCUGGAGGACCAGUUCAAGAAUUGAUUGAUGCUAUUGAAGAACUCAUCAACGAUUUAGAAGAGGAGUUGGAAGAAUUGGAAUUCAAUUUCUAAGUGAGAACAAACGAACACAAUGCCUUGGUUGUUUCAUUAGAAUAAGACAUCUAAGAUGCUGUCAUUGAUGUUAACAAUACUCAAGAUACUUUGGAUAACCUUCUCUACCCAAGAAGAGCCUAAAUCCAAGACAAGAUUGACUCUGUCCUUGGAUAUCAAGAAGACAACAGAAAGAAUUAUGAUGAGGCUAUCUUAGUUAGAGGAUAAGAGCAUGAUGCCUUUGAAGCUUAAGUUGCCGAAUUGAACGACGCUACAGCUUCAGUCGAUGAUGCUUUGGCCCUCCUUGCAUCCCUCACAAACCCAUCAUUGUUGUAAAUCAGAAGAUUCCAAAAUACACUUAAGAACAUUGAGAGCAAGAUCAGAUCUAGAUCCAGAAUGGCUCCCAUGAUCAAGGCUUUGAUUAGUUUAGCAUCAAAUCAAAACUUCUCCAACUAAGACGUGUUGAAGAACAUCGUAGAUGCCCUUAACGAAUUCAGAAAUGCUGUUGUCGAUUAAAUUAAUGACUUGACAGCCCAAGAAGCCCAAGAUGUCAUUGAUCAUGAAGCCAACCUUGAAUAAUUGGAUGAUGAAUUCCAUGAAUUCUAAAGACAAAUCGACAGAGCUACAGUAGAUUUGACUGCCACCAAUGAAAAGAUUGACUCCAUGGUUGAAUUCAGAGACCAAAGAGCUGCCGAUCAAAAACAAUACACUGCCGAAUUAGAAUUGGAAAAUAAUACCUAUGCUGAAGAAACCGAUAUCUACACCAAUACCAAGAACGAAUUCACCAGAGAAUUGGGAGUUAGUGAGUAAGCUUUGGCCCUUGUUAAGAGUGUUGACUUCUCAAACGUCAAAGUUUGAUAAUCAUCCAUCAUAUAAUAAAUAUCAUUUAAUUUUAAUAGCUAUAUAUA